GCGGCUGCUUCUCCUCCUCUCAGCACGUCACGAGGGAGGCUCCCGGUGGAUAGCGCUGCUGCCUGUCUACACACCAGUUUACCCCGACCUACUCAACCCGAAGGUACAGACAUCUAAUCCUUUAUUUAUGGUAUUAUCCGGCAGCUAAACGCCCUCUAACUCCACGGGGACGUUAAAUGCACGCUGUUGCGUUUAAGUCUUGGCCGUUUGUCUCCUGUUUAGCUCACGUUAGCGAACCGAUAGCUAAAGAAGGUAGCCUCGAGAUUAGCUUUGGCUAAGCUAGCAACAGCUUCUACCGGUCGGUUGUUUAUCAGACAGUGGGGUAGGUGGUAAAGUUAAACGGUUUUUGUUGAAGUUGACACUCGGAGAAGAGUCUAAAUCUGUUAUAUUAGCAGGUUUUAAAGUGUUUGUCGGAUUGUUAUCAGCUGUAUGAGGCGUUGACUGAGUGUUGUGACCGUGCUCCAGCUUAAUGUCAUCACUGUUGGAUUAGCUUUAUUAAUCAAUAAUCUCUAAAUCCAUUAUGUCUGCUGCUCACACAGAUCUGUGCACUAUUGCGCAUUAGUUUCGCUGUAUCCUGCAGUGUUGGCUCUGUCUGCUGAGUGAGAGUGAGUUUAGCAUCUCAUAAACAUCAUCCUCUUGGAGGGUGAGGAGGCUGUGAAUGCUGCUCCUCAGAUCCCACACAGAUAUGCUCCUGUCUUUAAAGAGUCCUUAAAGAGCUCCUGUGAGGAGUUUUUGUCGAGUUGUGUCCCAGACUGAAAUGAACCAAAAUGCCCCUUUAUGGCCUACAAAAUCAAGCAAGACCAUCUCCAACAAGACUGCUUCUGCAAGAGAGCAGGCUUCAGACUUGGUGACUGACAGGUUCCCAUAGGAAUGUACUUUUCUGAAAACUUUAAAUAGUUUCACACAAUCAUGCUAAUUUAAUUCAGGUAGAUCAGCAAGAUAUGAGAUACUUCUUUGUCUGUAGGGGGUGCCAAAAUUGAAAUGGAGUUUAAAGUGCUGUAUUUGUAUCUUUAGCUGUUCUAGUUUAAUAUUAAAAAACUGUUUUUUGGAGGCAGCAAUGGACUAAGUAUGCCCCGAUACCAGAUUUUUGGACUUUGCAAAAUGCCAGUUAAACUCAACCCCUGUGGAUACCUAAAAAAGUUAAUUUUGUUCAUUAAGUUUGCUUGGUUCACAACUUGCUUCACAAAGACACUGUAGCUUAUAUACAACAUGUAACCAAAUUAAAAUAUUACCUCUGAAUCAUCAUGCAUAAUCCACAUAAAGGAGGUGCCUAUUAAGGCCCGACCGAUUUAUCGGCGGGCCCAUUAAAUCGGCCAAUUUUAGCCUGUUUAAAACGAAUUUGUAAUCGGCCAAAACUCACUGAUUUUUGCCGAUAUUUUCAGAAAUAAAAUGCAGAGAAUGAGAUUCGGUCUGAAGCAGGCAGGCAGCUCAGGGACGCACGGAGGAGAGUGGUCUCAACGGUAAAUAAACCAGUUUGUGAAGUAGACAGUAAGUCAAUAAGUUUCAGUUCAACCCACUUCACGAUGUUCCCCGCUGUGCUCGUCUCGGUCACGUCGAGUUAACUGUGAAGCACCAUGUAAUAUGCAAGCUAAAGUUAGAGUUAGCCACCUGCUGUUAGCCUUGCUACACUGUUAGCCGUGCCAGUAAUGGUAGAAUAAACAACAAUACAAAUUACGUGAUAGAGCCACUUCUCUUACUGAGGCAACUGCAUGUCUCCAGAUGAGACCGGACUUGACAUGAGUAACGUGAGUUAAGACGCAGAGGCACCGAUCAGCGGUAUAUCUACAUACUGUUGAUAUCUACAGUAUGUGUAUAUAUAUAAUAACUGAGUAAAAAAAUUAAAAAAUCAGCCGAUUAAUCGGUAAUCAGAUUUUUUCCCCCCUAAUAAUCGGUAUUGGCAUCAACCCCAAAAAACCCACAUCAGUCGGGCCCUAGUGCCUAUGACUACAGAGAAUGCCCUAUGUUUAUAUUUAGUAAUUUUCUUACCAUUGCUGUCAGUUAAUGGGCUGUGAAGCUCCCUGUCUGCAGCUGAGGACUGUUAAAAGACACUCAGGGUCCAAGUGACACUGCUGUCUCUCUCCUCUGCUCUCUCUCUCUUUCUACAACAGACAGAACCAUAACGUGUGAGUCUGUGUGAGAUGCAGGUAGAAGGAGAAACACAACUUCAGCUGCAAACAAACCACAUCCAGUAUGUUCCUGCUUGCUUGUGUGAGAAGCUGAGUUUUUUUGGUUCCUCAGAGUGAGACUGCUGUGAACCAGUCAGAAAAUAACUUCUUGUUUUAUUGCUUUGUUUGCAUCCCCGGUGCGCUCUCUCACUUCAGUUUAUCUCUAUGUUGAUGGACCACUGCUGCUCUCCUUCUCUUGUCAUCGGCUCACAGUCGCUCCUGACUGAAAAUUUAAGUGUAGAUAUCUUCACUCUCAUGCUUUUCAACACUAUCAAAUCUAUUUGAUUGUAUUGUUUUAAAAUUUCAAAGCAUUGGGGAUUCUGACAACCUCAGUCUGCAAUGUCAUUGGUCCCCAGAUAGGCAAUCAGUUUGGAGCAGCUUGGGUUUAGAUGGAUAGAUAAAAUGAUAAAAGGACCAAACUUGACAAGAAAAGUAGGGGAUGACAUUUAUAAUUUAUAACUUUAUAGCUGAGGGAUUAAAAAUAUUUUAGAUAGAGGUUAGUUUUACAAGGAGGUUAAAAUGUCAAUACCCAGAUGGUGACAGGAAAUUCACAGGAAAUAGCAUGUCAAUAGAAAGCUGACAGUCUGUUAGUUAAAUAAGACACUGCUUCACACCUAUUAUCAAAGUAGAUAUUGAGACAACUCUUUACAAUUACAAGGGUAUUCAUUUUUAAAGGGCUCACAAUGAGUUAUUAAGUGUCUUUCGGGUUUGCUAGUAGGCCUUAUUUCCAAAAGGCUCCAAAACAGCUCUUCUACAUGCUUUGUUUGAUGCUUGUGGGUCACCAUAAAGGCAAAGCUUGUAAAUCAUCAGACAGCAUUUUACUGCAUACAUGACCGUUCUUGCUUAUAUGCUCCAAGACAGCCUUGCAUACCUGUGUAAUGAGCACACCCUGCAGUGUGUUUGAAUAGUAGGUCACCCAAGGCUAAGGCUGUUUUCCUCUUAUGCCCUCCAACAGCAUGUUUCAAAACACCGACUUUACCAAUACUGAUUGUGAUAUGGUGAAUAUUUGUUUGCCUGUUGAACAGAUCUGGCCUGUGUUGCUCCCAAAAGAUAUUUGUGCUCCGAAUAGAUAGUGAAAUGAAUGUGAAAGGGUCUUCUGGGGGUUUAUUUUUAAAAGCAAACAAAGGUUGAAGGUCAGCAACAGAGGGAGUCAUUGAGACAGAAAAAGCAGGGGCACAUAGGGUGAGGUUUACUUGUUUUAAGAAGCUGCAGGCUGGUGAGUAAAUAUUAACCCACAAAUUUUGUCGAAUUUGCUCCCAAAGCGCUUUGCAAAACAUGUAGACAUAUAGGGGUUACAUUAAGACUUCAGAAAUUAAGCCUCGAAUGUUGUCUGACCUGAUAGUCGAGCUUAGCAUCAUACAGUGCUUAUCACAACAGGUUUCAGUGACGCAAACUCCUUAUGUUAAAGACCAUUCCUGGCCCUCUCCCUCAGACUCUCCUUUGUGCCUGUGCUGAUUAUCAGAGGAGACCUAUUAUACUCAUUUUCACCCUUUAUUAUGCCAGCCUGAGACACCCAGAAAGCAGCUUCUCUUAAUCUGUACUCUCUAAAACUAUAUAUCUCUCCCGGCGCCCUUGAAACCCCUAAUUUCAGCACCAUUCAGCCUUUGAUAUAAAGGUGAGAUGCAGUUGUGGGUGUUACAUUUCACACAACUUUAUAGUCAUGAAACAACCCAAAGAUAACGGCCUAACAUCGAGGCUAGGCGUUGGUGCCAACAUCAGCUCCCUAUUGUAUGUUACCUAUUGUUACAUUACCUGCUGUUACUUACAGCGAGUUUCAGUUCCAGUUGAGAUAAAAUGUAUAAGCAGACACACACACUGUUUUUUGGUGUCUUUUCAAAUUCUGCACUCUCCUUGUGAAUGGUGUGAUAAUAAAUACACAAACAAACAUAUAGAGUAACAUGUUUGGCUCCUCUAAACUACAUAUUCACUGUUUUUUCAGCUCCUCUGCCAAAGAGCACUUGUAUGACCUUCAUAUAGGGUGCCGAUUUGAAGCACUGUGCUCAUCAUUCCCCAAUCUGACAUGUUGUGAACCGUCACAGUGAGGUAAUUCUUUUGCCUGCAAGGUCCAACUACCUGCUGUGAUGUCGGGAAUUACCUCAGUGCAGAAAAAUGUGAAACAGGGCGAUUUAGGAUGUGAGCUGAGUGUUUUUUGUGAAACAAACAAGUCCCACACCUCCAACCACAACCGGAAAACAGCUGCAAAUCCUUGGCAAUGAACACCCCACUAUCAUUGAUAUGUUUUUGUGUCUGUGUGUUAGAGACAGCCUGACUUUUUGAUAGUGGUGUUACCUGCACAGCUAUCCUGACAGGAGUGUUUCUACGGUGUUUGAGUCUACGACAUGUUUGAAACAGUGUUUGCUGGGUUUCUGUAUGUCUUUGCAUAAACUUAGAAAGACUAUAAUUCAUGAAAUUUAGAGUAAUAUGCAAAACCUAAACUUACAAGUGCAUAUUAAACUGGAUGCUUUACCAAAUGCUUUAGUGUUUUGUCAAGAUUUGUCACACACCUCUAAGGCACAGCACAAAAUUCUGGAUCGUAACUCUCCUUUAUGACUUGUUUCUGCAGAUUUGAGAAUAAAAAAAACUCAUAUACUUCAGAAAGGCUGCAGAGCUCUUUCCAGAUGUGCUCAUUUAGAGUGUCUACUCUCGAGAAUUUAUCACAUUUGCAUGUCUAGCCAAUCAUGGCUGCCCAGCUGCCAACACAACCAAAUGACACUUUCUUUUGAAUAGAUAAGAAACAGACUUGCUUUAUAGCACAUCCGAGUUUCAGAGGACUGUAGGUAAAAGAAAAAGUAAUACAGCGUGUUCCCAAGAGGGUGCAUAUUUAUUUGAAAGGUUCUAUAUUUAGCACUUUUGUAGUGCAGUUGGAGGGUACAGAGAUGACAGUAAACAGAAAGACAGAGGAGUGCUAGUUGUAGGUCUAAUCACUUCUUAAAAUACUCUCCCGGUGUAGAUAAUACGGGGGGGUUUGUGAGCCUGUCAGCAGCAGCAGCAGCAGAGUUACUCUGAGCACGGGAGGACACAUAGUUCCCCUUUUGUGUUUUCCUCGAUUGCCCCUCCUAGUUUUCCCUGUUGUUGUCCUAAGCUGAGUCUUCUUCCUCUCAUUGUUGUGGUCACAGGCAUCAAUGCUGCUGGCUUGAUGGGAUCCAAGCGGGUGACAGAGUGAUGGUCUAGGGACUGGCAGUCCUAGAGGUGCUUGCGCGUGGAAUGUUGCGCUGGUCGGUGCACCUAGAAGGAGGGCCGCGGAGAGUCAACCAUGCUGCUGUGGCGGUGGGACACAAGGUGUACUCCUUCGGAGGUUACUGCUCCGGGGAGGACUACGAGACACUCCGACAGAUCGACGUGCAUGUUUUCAACACAGGUAGGUGCAGAAUUUAUUCAUUUAUAAAGUUUCACCUGUGAAAACGCCAAACAGUUUCCUGGUUUUGGCAGCUUGACUUGACAGUACUCGCAGCUAUUUUGGGAGCUUUGUUAACAAGCGUUUUGUAGUUAGAUGAUCUGAAGACACCUCCAUUUUUAGAAAAAUACAGUUAAAAUAAGUAGGUCUAAAAAAUAUUACACUAGGAAGUGAAAGGCCUUAUUAUAUUACAUCAGAUAAACACUAAAACCCCCAAAAUAAAAAUGUAAAGUUAGCCAGACUAGGUUUCUGUCUCUACUCAGCUUAUUUGCUUUUUUAAAGUAGGUCAAAAGUCAUUCCUCUUUGUGUAAUGAAGCGCUUGUGUACUUUUUUAUUUUUUUUCAAAUUAUUGGAGAAUAAAGAUAAGGCUGUGUUUACAGAGUCUGUUGAACUUUCAUCAUUUUAUUGCCUGGUUGUCAAACACAACCUUUCUUUAACCGUAUUUUUUAGCCUUAUUUUUUCUGUCAGUUGUUUUCUGUCACAGCGUCACAGAUACACGUUUGUCCUGUAGAUGAGAUUCUGUCUCUUUUGUAAACCUGCUCCUUCUUCUUCUUGUCACCACUUCAGGGUUUAUUUUUCCCUCGCCGCGGUUAUCUACCUGCUUUAUGGUUUUACAACUUCCUUAAGUAGCUUGAGCCUACCUGCUGUUUCAUUACCAUGGAUGCAAACCUUGAUAAAAGUGUCUCUGACUGAUUGAAGUGGAAAUAAGACCACCUUAAACCAUUGUUUGAGGACUUUAUCAUGUCACUGUCUUUGUGCUGCUUCUCUUUGAUGUCUUUUUUAUAGCCCAGUCUGCUGUAUUUAAAAUCCUUUGAUAUAUUUCUGUCCCCCUUUUAUUCGUCGAACUCUUCAGGCACUUUUCACAAUCUUUUUGAACCUUUUGAAUUACUUCAGAUUUAUAACUUUUACUUAGUGAGCAGGAUUCCUUCUUAGAUACAAAACACUUUUGCAUGAGAUGGUGAAGAAUUCAACAAACAGAAACCCAGCAAUGAGACAUAUGUAUGCACCGGUAAAAUGAUCCUUAAAUGUGUUUUAUAAUCCUCCUAAGAUUAUGCGGCAGCUGAAGAUAAGGGGGCUGCCUUAUAUAGAAAGUUAAGGCUGUUUUCACACCUUUGUGUUUGUUUUGUUUUGUUCUGAUGCAUUAUCACAUUUUCACCCUGCAGCAUAACAAAGUCAGUCAAAGAACAUAUAAUCAGGGGGCUGUUCUGUAUAUCAUUCUAGCUCAUACUUCAGCGGUGAAGAUAACCAAAAGCUGUAUGUACUAGUUGCACUAUAAUAGUGGAAAGCUGGCAUUUUGGUUUAAAUAGCCACCCUUUAAUCAAGUGACUAUCAGCCAAAAGAUGAGAACAACCCAUCUAGGUAGUUUGCCCUGAAGUUGUGGCCCCGCCCCCUUUUGUAAUAACGCUGUCAAUCUGAAUUGAGAAUAGGAAAACUGUCUUUUUUAAUGGUUGUUGGGCAGCUGAAUCUAACAGCCACUAAGCCAAGUUUAUGUGUUUUCCUCACAGGCCGUUAGAGUUGGACUCUCAGUAGUUGUUACAUGAUACAGUUUUCUUAUUUUAGGCUGUUUAAUUGCCCCAAACCCUGGAAUGUGGCAGCUGUUGUCAUGGUUACGACAGCUGAUGAAACAUAAAAAGACUCCUUGUGAAUAGAUCUCUCUUCAGUAUUUUAUAAACAUUAAGUGAUCACAUGUGUUUUUAAUAGAAAACUAACUGCAGACUCAACAGACAGUCACCACUUGACAGGUUCACCAUUUACGCUGUCGCUGUAUUUUUGGUCUUUAUUGUCUAAUUUAAAAGAGUUCUAUAAAACUUCAUUAACCCCUUCUUCUUCCAGUGUCUCUGCGCUGGAUGAAGCUGCCUCCUGUGAGGAUGGGAGGACACGAACGCGCCCGUGAAGUGCCAUAUAUGCGCUAUGGCCACACAGCUGUGCUGCUGGAUGAUAUUAUCUACCUCUGGGGUGGGCGUAAUGACACAGAAGGAGCCUGUAAUGUGCUUUAUGCCUUUGAUAUCAGUAAGUAAAAGCUGUGUCUUAUCCCUUCUGUCAGUCAUUGUUUCAGUCUGUGUUUCCCUGGAGACGCAUUUGUUUGAUGUUGAAAAUUGUUCAGGUGUUUAAAAUUGUUCUCCGCCGUUUUGACGUCAGGGAGUUUUAACACCUGCUUUUAUACGUGGUGGUUUCCUAUUGCACAUUACUCGAGAGUUAGUUCACCACUGUAAGUCGAGAGGAAAGGACCCUGGGAAGUGUGCGUGGAGUUAAUAGAAACCUUCCUGCUUCACAGACACCCACAGGUGGUUCACGCCCAAGAUUUCUGGGACAGUUCCAGGGGCCAGGGAUGGUCACUCGGCCUGCGUCCUGGGAAAAGCAAUGUACAUAUUUGGAGGAUAUGAGCAGCUGGUGAGUCUUCAUCACUCGUCACUAUGUGUGUGUGUGUAUGUGUGUUUGUGGGGUGGGGAAGCCCUGGACACUAGGCGUGAUUUAAUUUAUGUCCUCUUCUGUUUUGUAGGCUGACUGCUUCUCCAAUGACAUCCACAAGCUGGACACCACAACCAUGGUUUGGUCGUUAAUUAAUGCCAGAGUGAGUUUUGACAUUUUGUUCAGUCCAUACAAAGAUUUCUAAGUGUUGAAUAUUCAAGUUCAAACUGAAUUGGACUCACAGACCUCAGUUAAAGACUCACAACAAGCUCGGUUACUAUCAGAGUAACGUUUGAAAUAGUCGGGUUGUUGAUGCUGCUAGAUGAGCGCCCAGUGGUCAGAUUGGCUGGAAUCAAAAGCAGUGCUGUGUAAUACGGCUCCCUGGUAGGUGGCCAAAUACAAAAAGCCUCACAGAGGAUUAUAUACACUGCCCUUUUGGGAAAUGCCAUUUGUGUUUGUGUGCAGCCAACCUGCUCAUGUGAUAAAUUCUUGUUAAGUAUAUUUUAGACCUAGACACCGGUCUCUAGGGUGAGCGGGCAAACUGGUGAGAGAAGGACUCAGUUCACAGCACCUGGUUUUAGUUAUGAACUGAUACCAUUUUGUCAACAGGGGGAUUACGUUGUGGUGCUUACAGAUUUAGUCGUGCACGUGACUGAGAAAUACAUUUCUCUGCAUGUUGUUCAACCAGCAAUCCUUAAUGAAAACAAGACCAGCCGCUGUGCUUUAGCUUGAACCCAGGACUGGGUAUCAAUUCAGUUUUAUCAAAUCCUGCUCUGGUUUUGUUUAGAAUCCAUUAUUUUUGGUGCAUAUGGAGAAAAAUUCAAAUGGUGUUAGUUUUGGCGCCCCCCUGUGGACAAAGCAGUUCUUGCAUAUUUUGUCCUGCACAUGCUUGAGUAGACUUUUUACAAAACCAUCUCAUCCUGCGGGCAGUUUAUCACUUAUCAUAAAUAUUUUGUGUGUUUUAGGCAGUAGAAAUGACGCCUAAUUUUGACCUGAUCUUAAAUACAUUUUCUUUUUAUUGUACUGUUUUCUAUUCUCUUGGCAUUUCCCUAAAAAUGUUACACAGAUAUAUUUAGUUUUCAUUAUUAUGAUUGGAGACUUUGCACUUUUAUUUAUGAUGCAUUUUGAUAGCAUCUUUAUAUUCGUGAGAUCUGCUGGAUUAUAUUUAGAGGUAAUUGUUCAUAUUGUACAAACAUUUUUUCUCAUUUUUCCAGUAAAGACAGCCAGAAAAAAAAUUAAUUUCACUUUAUGUGUGCUCUCUAAAUUCUCUACUCAGUAAAGACCUUGACUUUUGAGAGGUUGGUGGUGCCCCAAAGUGACUGGAUUUGAUAUGCAGUUGACAAGCCAGUCCACUUGAUGGCACUGUUUCCCUAGAUUGCAAGUAUUGAAGCCCCGGUUUUUACACACACAUUCAACAUGAAGUUGGAGCUUUAUCCCAAGGGCUGGAGAGCUAAUGACCAGAAAUAUUUGAUGAGGUCUGGUUAAAAGUUUGAGAAAUGCAGUAAGAACCCAAGCAAACUGAGACUGGUCUCCUUUUCUCAGGGCAAUCCUGCACGCUGGAGAGACUUCCACUCAGCCACCAUCAUCGGGACAAAGAUGUUUGUGUUUGGAGGGCGAGCAGACCGCUUCGGUCCCUUCCACUCCAACAACGAGAUCUACUGCAACAAGAUCAAAGUGUUCGACACAGAGACCAACUGCUGGCUGAGCACGCCAUCAGCGCAGCCGCUGCCAGAGGGACGCAGGAGUCACUCAGCAUGUGAGACACUAACACACACACAGACACACACACAGCAUGAUUUGUUACGAAAUAGCUAUGUAUAGUAUCAGAAACGCCUGUUUUUAGUUCAUCUGUCACCUGAUUAGUAUGGAUCAAUCAGGUAUCAGUUCUUGUUUUUGUCUGCAGUUUAUCUUUCCCCAGUUUUUAGUCUCUUAUCAUCUUGUGUUAGUCAGGAAAAAAAGUUUGUUGAUGAAAACUGUUGUUGAACAUCAACUAUAGGCGACAUGAAAAAUGUUGCCCAUCCAUCACAGAGACAUCUAUUGUUGUCAGGCGACAGCUGAAGGCUUCUGAGGCGAUGAAUGACAGUACCAUAGGCUCCCAUAACCUGCAGCUCAUUGGAUCCCUCAGGCCAAUCAUCUCUCUAAUUUAUUUUUGUCUAAACGGUUUAAAGCGCUUUACUUUAAAUGAAGUUUCCUCUUUGUGAUGAGUCAUUUGUUCACAAACUGCAGCCCAUCUUUAGCGAGACGUUUUCUCUGUUUUGUUAUCUAGCCUGGCUGUUUUUUUAAUUGUUUGUGUUGAAGAGAAUAAACAACAUUAUUCAUUUCACAUUUACUCAGUACAAGAUUUCAUUUUCUGCUCCCAUUGACAGAUUAAACUAAUCCAGCUAAUUAAACUUGUUCACAUGGUUUUGUUUUCUGCGCUGAAAAUUUCAUUAAUCUGCAGAACAGACCGUAGAAAAUACUGAAAUUUGUUUUUCUCUUCUGUUUACAGUCACCUACAACGGAGAGCUGUACAUAUUUGGAGGAUACAACGCCCGUCUGGACAUGCACUUCAACGACCUCUGGAAGUUUAACCCAGGUGAUUCAGUCUUUGUUCAUGUCAGAUUAAAAAAAACAUUACGUAUUGCUGCGGAAGAGUUUCUUUCCUUCACAUAGAGAGUUUUUGUUUUUGAUGUACUUGUAGGACUGUCCACCUCUGUAGAUAAAAUGUGCAGUGACAGUGCCAGCUCCUGUUGACCCACUUUCCUCCUCCCUCGUCUGUAUAGAGCCGUGAAGACAGUCCUUAAUGCCCAGUGUGAAAAACAGACUCUCUGUCUCUCUGCCAGAAACACACAAACAAUACUUCAGUCUCUGCAGUCUUAAUCUGCUUCGACAAACGUCAACAAAUGAUUCUCCAGUCAGUUUGUUUGAGAGUGAUUUUGAAGAAACUUUUUGCUCUUGUUUUAAAAAUACAUCAUUGAGUUAUUUACUACCCAUAUAGUCAGCAAACUUCAUUAAGAUACAUGUUUGGUUACAGAUUAAAGACCCAGAGCGCUAAAAACUCACUUUCUUGAUGCAUAAAACAGACAACAAAAAUCCUGUUAAUUGCUGAAAUAAACAGUGCACAAAACUGUGAUAGAUAAUAAUACUAAUCCUUGUUUAAGUGCAGAUCACUGACUGUUUACUAAACAGACAACAUCUCUUAUCUUUGUGAGAUGUGAAACCCAAACACCAGCUCUGUGGGCGCUGACAUAUCGCACCGGUGGAGUGCAAAAGCGGUCUGGCUGCUGGAGCCGCAAGACUGAUGUCACACCUCUCCCGCCAAACAAAACACACAUUUAACUUUGUGAUAGGCUGUCAGAGCUCCCUCAGGUGGGUGCAGUCCACAGCAGAACAGAUCUUUGGGCGUCAAGCGGAAACUCACAGUUAUGGGGCGUUUAGUGACUCUUAUGUUGAAAUAGUUACUGGAAUAGAAAAAUGAGCCGUCAGACACAAAUCAAAACACUGAAAACAUACUUAAUUUGUAUUUCACGGUUAUAGUUUGACUCAUAUUGCAGAUGAUCAGUAGAGAAAGGUUUAAUCAAAUGUUAUCACUUAGUUCAGUUAAGCUGUUGUUCUGCCUUUUGUUUUAUACACUCCACAGUCUAUGAUAAAAAGUUAUCACCAAUGUGAAUACGACUCCAAAGCUUCACUGAAUCAAAACUGAAGUGUGCACUGUCAUUUCUCAUCUCCUGUUUAUUUAACCUCUCCAGUUUUGUAGCACCGUAUAGUGUUAUUUAUGCAUCAUCAGUAACAGACAACUGAAGCCAAUGAUUAUAGAGCUGGUCAGCUGAUGGCCAAUUUAGUUGCUGAUAUCACAUUGUUGUAGUUUUUAUUGUUAGAUUCUUUUGUAUUUGUAUUAUUUUGUAUUUAUAUUUUUUUGUAUUUUAUUUUCAGUAAAAAACAUCAUUCUAUGUACAUUAUAAUAAAAUAUACAUAUCUAAUAUAGCUAGAAACAUGUUUUAGAUAUUUUUUUUGUCAUACUUAAAAGAGAAAAAUAUAUCAGAUUAUGCUUUAGGUCUCGAAACUUGAUGGAUAGAGUUAUUUAUAUAUAUUUGCAUUUUUUACUGUGUUCCACGACAAUAACUCACAGCAGGUGAAAGAUUUCAUUAUUAAAAGGCGACAGACUAACGUUUGGUUUGAAAACAAAACUUAUACAUAUACAGAUCAAGAAAUGAGAAGUGUCAUUUUGUCCACAGGGGGCGCCAGAAUUGACUUGAACCAAAGUACCUCACAUUCAGAUGGAAAUAAUUGAUAUAAUCCUUUCAGGGGGCAUUAAAAUUGUUUUAAAACUGCCUGCAGUGUCUGCAGACACCAUGUAUUAUAUCAAUAAAAUAAAAUGCCAUUAGUCUACCUGAUUAUUGGGACUAUCUCUGAUAUUUAGUUUGCAUAGUACCUGCUCUUGACUCAUCAAAAAUGUAACAUUUCAAAGGGAAGUAACUCAAUCUUUAAUUUCUUUAUUUUGUGUGUAAUUUUUAUUUGGUUUAUUUUGGUUAAAAUUCAAAAAUUUUCAGCCACUAAAUGUUACAAAGAUCUACAUUGAACCCUAUAUGCGGUACACUGUAUGACAAACAGAAAAGCCAUGCUAAGCCUUAACCUUAUAAUCAUCCAAUAGUGCCAGUUUAUCUUAAUAGGUGAUCAAGUUGAUACUGAGAACCAGAGAUCCUCUAUUCUCUGUCCACUAGAGGGCAGACUGCACUUCAGCUUAAGCCCUCAUUAUCCGAUGAUGUCUGAAUGGCCUGUUGCCAUAGAGACACAAUGAUGCUGGUUGCCGUGAGAGUGCGAGACUACACACUUCAUCCUUAUAUGGAACAAGUGUGAGCGCCGCGGCAUCAUCACUCAUAUUACACUCCAGCCGAGCAGAGGAGAUUUGUUUCUAUUUCUGAGAUGAAGCGUUUUGUUCAAAUGAAGGUUGAGCUUUUUUUUUCCUCCUGCUUCCUCAGCCUUGUGUUUGCAAUUGAAUGCAGCUGAAGGCUGAAUGAAAAAUAAAGCUCGAGUAGGUUUAUGUAACUUUAAGUGUGUUUAAAGAGCUGCCGCGAUGAAGUGCAAACAAAUCACAUUUUUUCGUACUUGAGAGCCGACUGUUAAGUCGUUGAAUGAGAAUGCGAUUUAAAAGUUCGACUGUCAUUUUCAAAGGAGUCUGCAGGCUCUAUGCACAUAUUUCCCCCUUUUGAUAUUGUCUUUAAAGGGCAUGAACUCAUCCUUUUCUUGUCUAUUGUGUGAUCUACAGAAGCCUUUUCUUGGAAUAAAGUGGAACCGAAGGGGAAAGGCCCGUGUCCACGGAGACGACAGUGCUGUUGUAUGGUUGGAGAUCGAAUCAUCCUCUUCGGAGGAACCAGGUAAGACACUUAAUUUACCGCUUAUUGAGCUGUACUGAUAUAUAUUUUGUAUCUGAAAAGAUACAUUCAUGCACCAUUGCAACAAAUGCACCCAAAAUUUUUCUCCUACAUGUUUCCUUUUAAUUAAACCACUCACUUAGCACAUUUUGGUAACACUUUGAUUGAUGCCUAUCUCUAUAACGUAUUAUAAAUAUAUGUAUAAUGUGUUAUAACCACGUUAUAGCAUUGUAUAACUGCAGUUAUAAACACUCAUAAAUGAUCAUAAUGCUUCAUAGCAAUAAUCAUAACACAUUAUAAAGCAUUUUAUCAUGACUCACAAGGUCAGGUAUUAUAAUGUGUUAUAACUUUGCUUAUAAACUUGCAUAACUAUCAUUAUAAACACUCAUUAAGUAUCAUAAGGCCAAAGCAUAACACAUUAAAAUACGUGACCUUGUAAGUCAUGAUAAAAUGCUUUAUAAUGUAUAAUGAUUAUUGCUAUGAAGCAUUAUGAUCAUUUAUGAGUGUUAAUAACUAAAGUUAUACAGUGCUAUUACGUGAUUAUAACGCAUUAUACAUGUAUUUAUAAUGUGUUAUAGAGACAAAGUGUAACCCAAAUCGAAAAAAUAUUAUUAAAAUAUCUUAAAGUCAAAAGUUUGGAUGCACUUUGACUUGAACUGCUAAUGCUGCUAAUGAAACUGCUGAUUUAGCUUGCAGAAAUUCAUGUGCAUAUUUCUGUGCAGCUACCAUCUGUCACAUACAUACACAAAGACAUAAUGUUCAAUCUAAAUAAUUUGUAGUAAGCAGUAAUAAUUUGUCUCUCUCUUAUAUUCAGUCCGUUAAUGUUCUGCCUGUAUCGGUCUCCCACAGAGGAGCUGACUGUGAUUUUGUAUUCUCUAUUCAAUGCUGUCGGCCUCCAGCUUCUGAAAAUUCAAAAAAUAUCUUAAAGUGAACAUUUGGAUGCACUUUCCACACUGAGAAGAAGAGAAGUCUGCAAUUCAGUUUAGCCUCACUUCAACCAGAAAAAUUGUUUGUAUAAAAAACUGUUCAGCUCCUGAAUCAACCCAUCACUACACUCCCAAACAAUCAUCUACAAAGUCAGUGCAAAAGUAGACAUGUGUUAUUUCAUCGAGUCGGAGAAAACAGAUGUUGCCAAUGACCUCAAAGCAGAGAUAAAAGUUUGUUUGGUUAUAGGAAUGAAAUGACUCAUAGAACAAACAAGAAUAAAAGACGACACACUGAAUUUAAAGUCAUCACUAAAGAAGAACUAAUUAACUGCAAUAAACGAUCUAAUAAAUUCUCUCUUGGAACAAAAACAUCCACUAAUAUCUUCAGGAAUUGGCAGGAAAUGGGAAACAAGCGCUUGAGUUCUCCCUCUCUUGACUUUUUUAAUUGUUUGUCAUCAUCUCUGUAAAGCUCAGGCUCUCUAAACAAACAACAUUCUGGGAAAAAAACUUUGCUCUGGCUCCGUUUUGCCAGUUGGAGGCUCUGGCUCAUGCAGGCAGCAGACUGCGCUGAGUCUCUCGUUGGCUGUUAGACGGUAGCCGAUUGUAGCCGGGGGGAUUGUAGCUGGUUAGGUGCCACUGGGCUGGUGACGGGCCGGUGAUAGGCCAGUAGCCAAGGGACUAAUGAGGUAGCUAACAGCCUUAGCAUGUUCCAGAGAAGUCCGGGAGCUGGGUCGGCGUUAUCAAGAGAGCUGUGGGUUAUCAGGCGAACCCCACUGGGAUAACCUGAUAGUGGGGAUCGGGAGGCUGCGGAUAAGAUCCCUCUCAGCCCCACUACGUCUCCUGAAGGCCUCUGUUUGCUGCAGGAUUCAUUUUUCACUGCUUCAUCGGCCACAGCUGCACAGGGGGGCCAGAUAGCCUAAUACACAAGUUUAAUCUUGAUUUCAUCCGCUGUGCAGCAGAACAAGUGUUGGAGAAAACACAACUCUGAUAAGUCUGCAAGUGAUUUCAGCCCUGAGAAAAAUUCAUGCAUUUUAGAUUUGGUGCCAAAAACAUGUUUCAGAAGAGUAGAAACCGGGGAGUGUUUGUCUUUGUGCACAAUGUUCUUGCCUGAUGAAGGAUGGGUGACGAGUCCAGAACCCAGACUGGGCAGUUUAGCACCUGGACUCUUCUACUACAGAGCCAUGCUGUUGUUAUAUGUGCAGAAUGUGGUCUUCACAGCCAUCCUGUACUUUGUCCCAUCUGUACAGGGACUUGUGGAUACUCUGUGAAUCUUUGAUGAUAUGAUGUUCUGUAGACGAUGAAAUCCACCAGAUUUUGCAUUUUACACUGAGCGACAUUUUUCUGAUGUUGUUGCACAGUCUUUCACAGAGGAGUGAACCUGGAAAAUGUCUCAUCUCAUCUGUGAAAAGGUAGAUCCUUGUCUUGUAAAUGUGAUUUUAAAAGCAAACUUGAACAUAAAAACCAAUAAAAGGAAAUGUGCUUUUUAUCAGAAGCAGUCAGAAGUCAUUAAAGUUAGUUUUUAUUCAGUCAAAAGUCAGUUUUUGAUAUGAAACUGUUGGAGAAGAUAAAAAUUAUUUGUAACGGACGGGAAGCUGGAAAAAAACCUACGUUUUAAGAUUGUGAUGCAUUGUUUGGUUUCUCGCCAGGAUUAGUAUAGCGCAGGUUUUAAGGAGUCAUGACUUCCUGUUGUGAGCAGAUAGGGCCGAGGUUGGACGGGAGUCAGCGGGGACACAGGAGUGAUGGAGGGAGCUGGCAUAGCAGAGGAAGAAAUCAAACACCACGAAAUAUCUCCUACAUCCUGUUUAAAGGCUCCAGGACAGAUGAGGUUUUUAUCUUUUAAAGGAAACAGGGGCCAAUUCAGUCCUUCUGCUUUAGGCUGAAUAUAUAAAUAAAAAUACACUUAAAGGAGAUGAUUUGGUUUGUUUUUAUUAUCUCUAAAAUGGAUGAUUUUGCAGGUCAGCAUUUGCACAGUUGUCCUAAAUCUGCAAAGAUGUCGUUUUUCUGUUACUGUACAAAUCCUCACAGGCCACACAGGUUCUCUUGACCGGCACGUUUCUUGUUUACAUGAGCACCUUUAAGCCUCUUACACACAGGAACUCCCAUAAGCACACACAAACUCAGACACACAAACAAACUCCAGGCGGACUGACCCCUCUCAUUUGUUUGCUUUUCCUUCUUUAAUGAGGAAGUUUUUCUAUUUAGGUCUUUAUAGCUUUAAGCCAUGACUCAAAUGAGACUUUUCAUUAAGCACGCUUUAAUUUAGCGUUCACAAUACUUAAAAACCAACCACUUUUGUGUCUUUUGUGUUUAUUUUUUGCAUGACCCAACAACACGAGGGCAGCUAACAGGCCUAAAAAGUGAUUGGUGCCCGUCUUAGUGCUCUUGAUAAACGCUCACACAGGCCGUCAUGAAUUACUCGCCGACACUUUGCUUGUGUUUUUCUUUUGGGGCUCCUCAUUUCGGGGGAAAUUGUGUUCAGAUUUAUGGCCCACUUGUUGCUCUCCUUGUUAGUCAACCUUUCAUAUUGAUCCUAAACAGAACCGUCCCGUUGAUAAGUCCCCCCUGUUUAUGAUAUUUAUUUUAGCUGUGGGUAUUUGUGCGAGAAUAAUCUAUUACUUUAUUGGAGGACAAUAAAACCUUUGGAGCUUAGGGGUUAGACUUUGGACAGGAAAAAAAAAUGGUGUUGACAUUUGGCCUCAUUUACCAAUAUCCUCUUGUGGUCCACUGGAGUCAAAGUGAAAAUAAAGAAGCUUUAUUGAAACUGAAGUUAAGCAGUUCAACACUAAAAUGUAGAUAAGAGUGCUCUGUUUAUAGCUAAGAACAAAUCCCAGAUGAGAAAAUUGAGAAAUUAAAGAGUUUAGGAAUAAUUUCCUGCUCAGAUCUGUUCAUAAUUAAGGCCCAAAAAAUCUCUAAGUGUUUUUAAAUAAUCUUGAGUAAAAUUAUCUUAUUAAACUUAGUAUGAGCUACAUUCAUGUUAUGAGUCCAGAUGAGUCUCAUAGGACAAAAAAAGUGUAAGAAAAGAAAUCUGCCCAUAGGUUGAGAAAAAUUAACCUUAUCAGUUUAACAAAGUAACCAUAAAGUCAUAAUUACAAAAAUUUAACAUAAAGAAUCCUUUAUCCCUUCCUGUAGAUUGUUUUUCUCUCAGAACAAACAACAUAGACCUCGUAUUUUCCUCAUGAUAUGUUGAAAUAAGCCACUUAGAUACAGCUUAUACGAAGUCACCAGGAUGUUUUUUUUUUACGAGGAGAAAACCAGAAACACUCGCUCAGUUUGGGGUAUCUCUAAAACAAAAAUCUCUAUCCCAGUAUCGACUAUUUUUCUGUGUAUCAAGAAACAGGCUUUGUCAGAAAAUGAGAAUAUAAUCAUAGUGUUAAAAUAUGUUUGGAUUUCAUAAAAGUGCUUGCCUUUGGUUGGGGCAGGAAAAUAACGUAAAUCUGGUUCCUUUAAUAAGAGCAUUCAUGAUAAUAGUUUCACAUAAGUCUGAACCAGGAUAUAUAUUAAAGUAAGCAAACAGCACUUUCUCCCCCCUCAGCAUGUGUUCAUUUUGCACACUGAAUAGAGACCUGCCUGUUAUCUAUCAUCUACUCUCAGACCAACUGCUUCCGCUUUAAAUUGAGAGAUAAAAAGUUCUCUGGAUGUAUUUUGGAGUCAGUAGGAACAACUCAUGUAUGCUAUAAAACAUAAAGAUAAACCGAUAGACUCACACUAAGAAUUAUACUGUAUUGUCCCUUUUUUUAAGCAGUUAGAUGGUUUAUAUUUGUAUGUUUUAGCAAGUAUGUUUUAAUGACAGUCUGUUGAGUGCCACUUACAUCAGUGUAAACAGGCCUGCCGAGCUGCAGAAAGGCGCGAAAUCCUGCCCCAUCUCUGAUUUAUGACCUCAGGGAGCAUUCUUUCUCACAGAGUGCAAUUGGAUCCACCCUCAGAGGCUCUGCUACACUCAUUUACUGAGACCUGCUCACUGCCCCACGAAGGAUGAGCCGUGCAUGACUAACUCCACCUGCACUGACCUUCACCUACACACCCACCCACAAACAGCAGACCCUAGGAGAGCCUGUUUGUUUGUAACUUCUCUCUCUUACCCUCUGAGGAGUUGACUUACUCUAAAUUUGAGCUAAGGUGCCACAAAGAUCACGGAUCACCUGCAGAGGCUGUGUUGUCAUCAUUGGCGGCCUCACACUCUGUGUAUAAUCGCUUACGACAAGCCCACGUCAGGCUAAAUUGGGAAACAUUUUAAGCUCGGGAACAGGGCAUCCCAUGAAGGGCAGGAUGUGAACAAGGACGAGGCAGAUUGGCAUGCUGGGAGCAGACAGCUUGGGAUUUUGGAGGAAAUCUAGCUCUGGCUUUUGAGUUACUUAAAUUCAGUGAUGUGUAUUUUUAUCAACAUCACAUUGAGGUUUCCAUUUUGCUGACAGAUUUCUUUAACUUGUUCUUUCUUCCUUCUUUCCAGCUGUCUGUAUAUUUAACACUUAAAAACCAGAACCAGAACCAGAGUUUGUUUUAGUGAAACACAAAUGGCACAAAUUUUACAAUACUCAUACUGUACAUGCGUUACUUAAAAUCCAGUGAAAGAAAAGAAAUCUGAGAAAAUUGGUGAAUAAUUUGAAACCUCUCCUGACAUAUGUGGAGCCUUUAGCAGACUUGGAGGCGGCUGACACAUGACUCUGUAUGCACUCGUUUCUUCAGUCUGUAUAUGACUCCUGUCCUCCCCAACAUAAGGCCAAGUCAGCCAUUUUUGGCUUCUUUUCAAAAUGAGAAACUGUUGCUGAAAUCCUAAAAAGAUCCACAAUUUUCUCCACCUGUCUGAGGAUUUCACUUCUGCUGACAAAGCUGCCGUUGGUCACUGUGGAGAAUUCUGAUCGGCUCUUUGGUACACAGGCCUGAGCGACACUUGGACCCUCUCCAGGCUUUCCUUUUUUUAUUGUGCCAUUUGUGUGUUUGCAUGAAUCUGCAUGUAUUGACAUGACUUUAUGAUUCACAGCUGACGUCAGGAGCUGCACAUGCUCGCUUAUUUGCUCUGCCAGCUUUUGCUCAUGUGAUCCGUUUGGCUGUAAACGCAGUAGUUUGGUGGAUUUAGGAAAGAUGUCUGACGCCAGUCUGAACAUCAGACGCAGAGACGUUUCUCUUUCGCUUAAUUGACCUAUAUUUAUACUCAGGAGAUCAUGUUGAGUCAUUGGUUAGUGUAAAUACAGGAAACUGACCAAGGUAUAAAACAGGGGAAUGGAUCAAACUCCUUUAAGAGAUUCAUAUGAAGAAAAUAUUUUGGUGCAAAGUUAAUUUAAUUCAAAGGUAAAUUCAAGUCAUACUUCAGUGCAUCCAUUGGUGAUGAAUGGAGUUUGGUAGGUUUAGUAUUGCUGACUCAUUUUAGAAAAUACUUGUUGCUGAAAGCUGAUUGUAUUUACUGGUUUUCCUGCCAUCAUUGAGUUUUAAUGAGCUUAAACAGGUGAGUGGCUUCUAUAGAGACUACACAGCAGGUAAUCUCACUAGUAGCCAAAACAUCCCAGCCCAGCACCUCUUGUUUAAUCCACCAGAAUCUCACCGUGAUAUUUAAUCUGGAAGGAAUUUGCUCGGUCUUCUCCAAACAGAGUUGUUGAGCUGCGAGCUUCUGCAGCCUGGUGCCUCAAUAUCACCUACAGGGCCUUUUUGCACCUUAUCUCACUGGCUGUAAGAGCUGCUGUUAUGAUAGUCCAGCUGGUUAGAGUGUGGUUUGUUAUCACUCUUGAACCUGACUGUUCAGAUGUUAGACUAAACAUAACACAAAACUAAUUCUUGGACACUUUUUUUAGUCUCAUUUUACUCAAACUCCUGGUUUCUGUUUGGAUUUUUGUUCAUUUUUAAGUUGAAGUUUUACUCUCGCUGCUCGUCCUCCGCUGAAACACACCUAUCAACACAUCGCAGAUUUCGAUGCCACACACAUGUUGUGUUUUGGCCUUGGGUGUCAAAGGCUAGGCUGCAGAAGUUUCCUUUAUUAAUUGUUUGAGCGUUUGUGUGUGUGUGUUCGGUACGCCAGAGAUAAAACCUGUCAAACAGUGGAGGUGACCCCGGCAGGAUACGGGGCACCCAGCACGCGUCGGGACGGGACCUCAGGGCAGCUCGGCAACACUGUGAUUUACUCUUCAAAGACAAGCGCACGAUAGUAUUUCAUCUGCAUCUUAACCCUCUUUAACCCGCCAACAGGCUGUAUACAUGAGGGUGUCAGAGGGUGGAGUGUUACACGGCAGCUCAAAUAAACAGGCUGCAUACAUGAGGCUUUGUGGUGCUGUCCUGCACAUCAAUUCGCACGUCUAAAUAGUAGCAGUUUAACCCGUGAUUUACUGCUGCUCACGUCCAAAACAUGACGAUCGAUUUCUUCACAUUUGUGGAUUAAAAAAAAACAGUUAAGUUCAGGACAAACAGGCUGGAAAAUGACUUCACAUUCAGCUGAACAGGACGACAAUUAUUUAAUUCUUGUCCCCAGCUGGUUGAUUGAUACACCUAAUAGUCUGAUUUGUAAAAACAUCUUUUAAAAAGUUCCUGAGAUCUCUCAAACAUGCAGCCAAACACUGAAGUCAGUCAACAUGGUACACUAAGACCUGUGUCCCCUCUAUGUUGGUCAGGGUCUUCUUUCUUCUAAAGUCUACUGGAGGAGGUUUGUCCUUGACUCUUUAGAUCUGAGCUGUAAAGGAAGUCACUUAUUUUUCCCUUAAUGAUUCCUCCGGCUAUAGAGGAGCAUUUGGCACGCUCUCCUGACUCUCCCCUGUGAGUUAACCAGCUGUGUUCAAGGUCCUGAGACUCUUCUCAACCUGCCUCGAUUAAGAGACUGAAUUCACAUUUGCUAGAGGCAGUUUUUCCUCCCCAUCACCAGCACCAAGUCCAGCUACAUUUAGUUUUGCAAUUCGAGAUGCCACAUGUCUAAUCUGGAGUCAGGCAUCUCUCUCUCUCUCUCUCUCUCUCUCUCUCCUUCUCUCUCUGGGAGUGAGCUGUAGUUAGUGUCUCACCCUCCGCAUGGGGCUGAGGUCUGGGCAGGUACAGGUCUUAAUCCAUCGUCCAGCCACCGCCCAGGAGGGGGCACAGAUAGCAGAGUGAGACGAGGCCAGAUUACGGUGAAAGAAAUGGACGGGAAUCCACAGAUCUAUGAUAAACAGGUCGGAUGGAUUUGUUAAAGAAAGUUGAGCUCCUAAACUGUUGCAGACUUGCUCUGAAUCCUCUCUGCAGUUUACUUUUUCAUUAAAGUUGUCAUAAAAGUUGAAGGCAUUAACUCCUGGUAUGACCAAACAGCAUCAGCCGAUGUUCCUGACUGUUUUGGAGCUCAAAGCUAAAAGUCUGAAAGGACAGACUGAUGCUAAAACUCUUCAAAGGAAGACAUAUUGUCGCUUGCAGCCCACAUUGUCUGAUUUUGUGCCAGCAUUCAUGGUAAAUCCUACCCUCUGAUGUUUAUACAGCAUUGCAGAUAAUAAGAACAUUAUUAUACGGACAGAGGAGAGAAUUUGGUGUCCUGUUUUAAAAGAGUGUUUUGGUCAAUUCUGCAGAACGCAAAGGCCAGUUUGGGUCUGACUGAGAUGUGAGUAUGCACAAGAAAUUUGACCACAAGACAUCCGACUCAGUGUGAUUUCAGGCUGGUUGGACGAUUAUGGCAAAAAUAAUAAUCAGGAUUAUUUUGACUGAGAUUAAAAUCGUGAUCAAUAAACACAAUUAUUAAUUGAUUUAUAAAUUUAACUUUAAAAUAACGUAAAAGAACAGCCAGAAACAAAUUAGUAACAAGUAAACAAGUAAAAACAUAAAAAAUAAUCAGCUCUGUGAUAGCCGACAAUAACUUGGUAACGCUAAUACUCGGCGUGCACGUGCUCCACAGUGCAGUGCUCAUGUGCACACAUAAAGUGAUACAUAUGAGUCCAAGUUAGAGCCACAUAAAUUAAAAGAACAAACAAACUCAUUUUUAACCUGUGCCGGCUUUUAUCUAGCCGUGGCAGUGCACCAUGAUCAAUUGCAUAUCGGGGAAACACUCAAGUUGGUCGUGUUGCCUUGGGAAGCGGACAGAACAGAGUGACAAACAAUUUCCUUUCGCUCGACCUCUGUCAAAUUAAAGCCAAAACGUUUCCAGAUAACUGAAGUUGUCCUAGCUUUCUUCUCAUCCAAAAGCUGCCUUUUUGCCAUGUCAAUGACUCACCCCUCAUAUUAUUGAUCCACACACGUCACACGCUUGCUGCAGCUGCACCUAACAGGGGCACAUUCAAGGUGUUUUUACAGCACGAGAACUUACAUACAUUCAUCAUUUUUCUUCAAUUAUAAAGUUUUUAUAAUCGUGAGACGCCAAAAUUAAAAUCAAAAGUAACACAAACUUGUUUUUUUUCCCCCAUCAUGUAAACAUAUUGAGCGACCUUUCUUCAAACUAAGGAGUGGGAUGCUUUCGUUGAAUCUGUUUUUAACUCUUGACUUAAUUGGAGUCCUGUCUGGCCGUCCUGAUAAGGUGCUCUGCAGGAAGUUGUAGUGUAUGAUGAGUUCCUGUGAGCCUGCUGCUUGUGAAGGACCAAAGUUCAAUAGGAAGCAGAGAAAGGAAAAGGAUGCUGAACAUAUCUCUCCAAGAAAGAGGAUACGGUCAAUGAAGCCUCUGAAAACAAGCUAACGACAGGACAGGGGUCAAGUUUUAUUCUUUGUGCUGCUAAAAUGGGAGUUUCUAAAUAUUUGAUGUCUCUAAAAGUAACUUGUAAUCUCUCCACGCUCAAGCUUUCAUUCAAUGUUUAAGGUCUCUUUGCACUGUUAUGAGACCUGUAAGAUAAUGAGGCGGUGCGUUUCUAGAGCGCAUCGGGUGAUCAGACACCCUCACUGAGUGUUGUUUGAAAUAGCAGCUAGUGUUGUUUUAGCGGGGGAGCAGUGUCACUCAAGGCCUGGGCAGAGUGCUGCUGCAGGGGGGAGGACCACUUUCACACGUACUGAUACUUUCCUGAUCGAGUAACAAAGUGAGCCAUCAAACACCCGGACGCCACAUAAAGUCGCUCACCGUGACUUUCCCGCUUCUAACCACCAGCGGUGUAUCCCACCGCACCUCUUAGCACCUCAUUUUCUACAUUCUUCUCCCUCUAUUAUCCCCUCAUUCUCCUCCUUUUUGUGGCGGCCAUUAAAACAUUACUGUUCCUUAAUGUCCUGCUGAAUUUCACACCCAGUCUGAGAUUAUCCAUGAGCAUGCGAGAAAAACUUGUCCAAGAGAAACGCUCCAACCUUCGUCUCUCUUCUUCUUCAAGCCUCCUCUUACCGCCACUCUCUCACGUGUCAUCGUCCAAGGCCUCUCCCUCCUCUCUUCACACAGUAGUCGACAGCUACUGCAGUGUGCUCUUUAGAUAGACGUGCCUCUUUGUUUUUCUUCUUGUGGAUGGAUGUAGAGAUUAGUUAUUAUUUCCACUGUGACAGCAGCCGCAAUCACAGUCAAGACGGCACAUCGAACUCUGAAUACAAAAACAACCUGGCGCAAAAUAAAGGACAUAAAAACACCACAAUUAGUCUCUAAGAUGGGCUGUAAUUUACUGAAGAGAUGACAACAAAAUCACAUCCAAUACAAAUCAGCGUCGAAUGCAAGAAGUAAGUAUUUGAACUAAAGCAUUACAGCGUUUGUCUUCAUGCAUUAAGUGAAAGUAAAAGUGCAGGAUAGGAGAACAUCUGCUGUUUUAAUAUUUUGCAAUAACUCCAGAAAAGUUGAAUAAAUGUUUCUAGAAAUAGAUUUGGUGCUUUGCAAAUUAUUUAAAAUGUGUGUUUAGAUGAAAAUAGGCGAUAUAAAUGAAAAAUAAAUGCUCACUCUACCUUUAAUCCUGGAGAAACAUUUAUGUAACUCAUAUCAUAUCAUAUCACCUUAGAUCAUUAGCAGCAGGUUAGAGACAUGACUCGGUACUGAGUGAGCAAACAGUUCAACAAUUUAUCCUCUUCAGUGUGGGAUUGCAAAAAAAUUAGGGAUUUUAUCAUCUGCAGUGAAUAAAGAUCAUUAAAAAGAAGAAAAAAUCUGCAGCACUGCAUCAAAAAUAGACCUGACUCUGUAGUGGAGAUCACCACAGGGGCUUAAAAGAUGAAACUUCACUCUCAAAACUCCAGAAACUGGUUGCCUUAGUUUGCAGAGUGUUGUUAAAAGAAGAGGUGAUGCAACAAAACGUUUCUUUUGGAAACAUUUUGCAUUCAUUAAAUUUAAAAUGUGCCUAAAAUUAUAUUUUUAAUGACUAUUUUAAGUCAACUAUGUGAUUUAACUCGUUUGUAAACCAUCUUAAUCUGUUUUAAUCAACUUUUAAUGCAGCAUCCAAACUAAUUUUGGGAGUUGGGAUUGUUUAUUGAAAAGUGCAACUCAGCUAAUGUUCAAAAAUGUUGGACUUAGCACUGAUCAGCAGGUCCAGGAUCAGACGGUCCUCUAAUGAGGGGAGGGUAUGAGGGUGAUUGAGGGUAUUCUGAUAAAGGUCCAAGUUGUAAGCCCCCGCUUGGUCACCUCUUCAGGGGGGCAGGGGGGCAGGGGGGCGUAAUGACUUCCCCAGCUGGCCCCCUGGGACGACUGCGCUCGUGCUCUGCACCUCUCCAGGCCGCUUUAAGCCACCGCCUUGUUUGUUUAGGGAAGAUUAGCAACGUAAAACCCUUACAACAUCCUGAACACGCAGCAGAGGGAGACGCGAUGGAGUGGACGGCGGGAAAGAGGGAUGGAGAUCGAUGGGUGAAGAGAGAGUGAGAUAUAUAACAAAUGUCUUUGCAGACACUUAAACGGGGCUUUUCUCAGCUGGAUGGUGUUUAAAUGAUUGUCGGUGUCUUUGUUUGGGUACAUGCCACUCAGAAGAGACUUCAUGCGCCUCAGAAACGUUACUCUUUAAAACCAAACCUAUCCACCCGGCCCCUCAGUUCCUCUCAAUGAUGGAUAUUUAUAGACAGUAAACUCCUCGGUAAAUGCACCUGCCUGCCUGAAACUGUCCUCAGGGCCGUGUAAAACCAUAGAGUGGAUUUUUAUCCUCCAAUCUAGACCGGUCUCUUGGUGCUCUUUUGUUAUGGAUGUAAAGCAAUGAUGUGCAUUUACAGGAAUAUCUUUAACGCCUUGUGGGAAUAAAUCUCUCUUUAAAAUGUCAGCUCCCAGAGGCUGCAGACUUCGACUUCCAGGUCUGUGGUUGUACAUUAUCCUCCAUAAGCGGACAUGUUUCGCAUUUUAAUUAAUCUUUACGAAGAACAGAUGCGAUACGGUCGAGCUUGCAGGUGUGUCACAGGUGUGUGUGUGUGUGGAGCUGAAGCAGGAAACAGAUGUGCAGUGAUAUCUCAGUCUGCACAGGACUGGGAGACUAUCAGCUCGAGCCAGUCUGCCGUCUCACUGCACCGGCGCUGUACAUCCUGUGGGCUUAAAUCAUGCCAGCUGUGAUAAGAGAGCAGAGCAGUGUGUUAACAACUCGGCUCCUUUUAGGAUCAUCUGAGGCUCCCUGAUUCUGAACCAGAGCGAUCAAAGAAAGAUGCUCAGAGAGGAUUCAUUUCAGCUCUUAAAUAAGUGAUAUACCAUGACAAGAGAAGGUGAGAAAAACAGACAAAAAGAAACAUCAGCCGCGGUAAUUAGUGGAUGAUGUUUGUAUGUGAAAAAAGUAACUCCACCUGAAUCACUGGAAACGAUUACACUCAUAAGUGUAGGAAAAAAAUAAUAAAGCUGCCCUUUCAAUCAGCUGAAGAGCAAAAAGAGACAGAAAGGUCACAGGAGUUUCUUCUUCUCCCUCAGUCGUCUGUUUUAACACAUAUUUUUGUUUUUGUCUUUUCAGCCCGUGUCCCGAGCAAGGAAUGGGUGACGAAUUCAACCUCAUGGACCAUUCAGACCUGUAUAUCUUAGACUUCAGUGAGUAUCUCUCUCGUUAUCUUCUCUGUCUGAUUUUCAUGAGGUAGAUUCAAAGAGUUGUCAAAGAGAUCUGUUGAUGGAUCACCAUGGCAACACCUUGAUCAUCCGUUGACACACAGUUUGUAGCCGUGUGUGUGAUUUGGAUUAAACAGACACUCUGUACCUGUUGCUAGCAUGCUGUUCGGACACGGUGUCGCCCAGCCCACUCUUCUUGGCCGUGUCCCGUCUUUGUGUCGUCCCAUUUGGAACUUCCGCCUCGUAGAAGACCAAAUAUAGCCACGUCCCGCCCAUAACGCGGUCAGGUCACAGUCGGGGAUGGUGUAGGUGGGCUGACACAGGGACACGCAGACCAUAUGGGACUGGUGGUACUCAGUGGCCUCCCCUGUGACGAACGCCUCCACGUGCCUGUCGUGUGUGUUUUUACCAUGUUUACCAUGUUGCAUAGAGCGGGACAGUCAUGCCCAUAAAAGGAGCUUUGAAAUACACCAAAAUCAAUGUUGGACACACAAGAGGCAGAACGAACUCAGCAAUACAGCAGACUUAGGUAAGGGUACACACUUCAUAUAAUACUGAGAUACUAAUCCAAAUAAGGUGGGACUGUGCACAACAUUUAAAAUAAUAAUAUUGAUAAUAAUAAUGAUAAUUAUGAUACUACUACUACUCAUAAUAAUAAUAAUAAUGAUAAUAAUAAUAAUAAUAAUAAUAAUAAUAAUAAUAAUAAUAGUAGUAGUAGUUUACAAGUCCAUUAUAGCCUUAAACUAAAAACUUUGGUUUUUUUUUUGUAAUUUUUUUUCUGUAUAAUAAACUCCUGGCAACCUGUUUUAAAAACAGACAUGUGAAUCAUUAUCUGUUAUUGAUUUUAUGAUUUCCCUGUUUUGUCCUAAUCUUUGCUCCAGUUCAUCUUAAAUGGACAGCCCAAAGAAGCUGCCUUAUAUCUGGAUCGUGUCAAUAAUAUGAUUUUCCUGUUUUAACUCAAAUUUGUAAGGAGCUAUGUUCACCUACAGUGGUGUUUGGAGGGGAUUUUUUUUAACCUAUUUACAUUUUUUUUUUUUUCAUGUAUCCUUUCAUGAAAACAGUUAUGCCUGCACACUUGGGAGUCCAAAAAUUUACAUUAAUUCAUCAUUUAUAUUUUCUUUAAUAGUCGUCCAUCGAGAGUCUGCUUUACUGUGAUAGCUGAGGGUUGAGGUUGUACUCUCCAUGGACAACAAAUCUGAAAAGUCCAUAAGCCAUGAGCCAUAUAUGUAAACUGGAGAUCGUCCUGAGAUCGCUCCAGACUGUUUGAAUCUUUUCUUGGUAACCGGUUGUAAAUGGAUUUACCGUAUUUUUCGCACUAUAAGGCACACCUGAUUAUAAGGCGCGCCAUCAAUGAACACGUCUAUUUUCAUACAUGUGGCUUAUAGAUUAUAAAGCGCAUUAAGCCAAACAAAACAGUCAUAUAAGUCAAACUUUAUUUAACUCAUUCAAUAACUUCGCGAGGCUACAGUAGCUGCAGUGCUCCAACAAGCCAAAAGGAUCUUAAGUGCGCCUUAUAGUGCGAAAAAUAUGGUAUAUAGUUUGGAGAUGAUCCUUCAGGUUUAUUAGUUUAGAAAUACACGACUUUUUUCCCUGUUCCAGUUAUUUUAAAACAUGUUGCCGACAUUAAAUUUAAAGUUUCUUAAGGGUGGAGAUGGUUAAUUUAACUUUGAUGCUGUUGUAUGUUUUUUUUUAAUAUGUAAACAGCUUUUUUUCUCGAUAUAUCUAACCCCUUUUCCUCCACAGAGGUCUGAUCUGUCUGAUUCCCCUCGUCUGAAACAUCAUUUCAUGUCCUCAGAGUGAUUAACGUCUACGAUCCAUCUGUGACUCAUUACUCUCUCUCUUCUUUUCAGGCCCUAAUUUGAAGACGUUAUGCAAAAUAGCUGUUAUUCAGUACAGUCUGGAGCAGUCAGGACUCCCGCAAGAUAUCAGGUCAGAGCAGCAUCCUCUUCUACCGUCAUUAACAUCAGUGGGUCAUAAACUGACAUAUUGUUAUGAUUCUGUUUAUGUUACGUGCGCCGUUUCUGCCACCAUCUUGUCCUUUGAGAAUAAUGAGGUUGUUUUUCACAGAGGGAAAUUAGGACUCAUUAUCUAUCACUCAGGCUUUUGUCUGAUGUUCCUUUAAGUCUGUGUGUGUGUGUGUGUGUGAAAUGAGUAAAGCAGUUAUAUCAUCUGCCCACUUUCUGCAUUAAAGUUUGCUUAUGGUGAAAAAAAUUGUGGAAACAGAUUAAGUCCACGCAGCUCUUUCAGCCUGUUUUUGUGCAAUUUGCCUAAAAGCUGCAGCUGAAUGAGGAGCAGGAGGCAGAUCCGUUAAAUUGGCUUUAUUGUAGCAGGAGUGUGUCAUAAGGGAAGGAGGAAAUGUUGUAUUGCAAAGAGGAUUUCAAAGAGGUAAAAUCAAGUCUGGCAAAAGAGUCACCUUAAUGAACUUGUGUCUUAGUUUGGCUCAUCAGACAAGUGUUUCUCUAAUGAGAGGAUUGCACUUAAGUGAGUUUUGUUUGUAAUUUGAUCCUAAUUACUCCUCUCAGCAGCCUCUCCUUUCUCUCCCACCUUGCACACUCCGCUCUUCGUUGUUUUGCAGUCGUGUUUCUAACCCUCCGAGGGUCACAAGACUCGCGUUAACUCCCUUUGCCCCUCACUGGCAUCUUCACCUCCAGUGCCAAUCUCCCCUCUUAGACGCACAACGACACAAAAACGAACAAAGCAAAUUGAGAGGGAGCGGGUGUGAAACCAGAGCCAGAGAUAACAAUCUGCAGCCCAACCUCUGACCUGUCAGCAGGUCAGCAGCAGAGCCUGCUGUCGGCCUCUGCUCCUGGUUCUCGUGUUACAGCCGGGCCGUCCCUCACCAUUAAACACAUCGUAGCCCCUCAUUUGGAGAGGAAGGGGGGGCCAAUGAUGGACAGUAACUUAGCAGAGUAAAGAAGAUUAUUUUGCAUUUUCAGACACCAAAAAAUGAUGUUGAUAAAGUCUGAGAAAGACUCUGAGACCAGUUUCAGGAGUUUUUGGAAAGUUGAAUAUCAGAUUUAUGACACCUCUGAGUUUUUUUUUUUAAAUAGAAGUAGGCCAGUUCAGCACCUGGACCCUUCUACUACAGAGCCACAGGUAGGGUUUACUAGAGAUGGGUGCAAUUCAUCGAUGUGCACGUGACGAUCUGGCAUCGAUUAGGGUUAGGGUAUUUUAAAUAAAAAUAAAUUAAAAAGUAAUGUCGAUGCUUUGUUACAAGGCUGGAACAAAACAAACAUGUAACACAUAAUGCAAGCACCACCUGGACUGUGAGUGGGACCAAAACAAACAGAGCACGUUAGUUUCUUAGCGAAAUGGCAACAGCUUCAGCAGCGCCCAAAGAGCGGCCGAUUCUCUAGACACCGUGUGGAAGUAGUUUGGAUUUUAUGAGAGAGCGAACGAGAUGACUGACAAUGCUUACGCGAUUUAAAAUAAAGUAUCUCAGCAUCACCACAAACAUGAGGCAUCACCUUGUACGCAUAUAUCCCGAAUUAGAGAAGGCCAGGAUGGUCCUCUGGUCGUGCCUGCCUCACAGAGGACCAUCCUGGAGACUGUCUCCAAACGUCCCAGUUUACACUAAGUAGGUCAAAGCGCAAAUGUUUACACAACAUUCAUACAGUCAUAAAAUAAAAUAUUUUGGGGUCAAACAUUCAAAAAACCUUGUUAUUCAUACAGUCAUAAAAUAAAAUAUUUUGAAGUCAAACGUUCAAAAAACCUUGUUAUUCACAUUCAAGAAUCAAAGAUCCCAUAAUCGAAUCAAAUCAUGAUGUACCCUUGUUGGAACACCCCUAAAAUCUGGAUAGCAGCAGCUGUGGCUCCAUAACAGGUACCACUCAGCAUCAGUGGAGCCUCACAGUAAAAAACAUCAAAAUCAACAUUUACACCAGAUCCCAACUUGAUCAUUCAAAGCCUCCUCAUGAUUUCUUCCUCUUCUUGUUUUUCUCCUACAGGUGGGAACUGGCAGCCAUGACAACCAACAGCAACAUCAGCAGGCCCAUCUUCUCCUCUCACGGCUGAUGAAGGAGAUCUGAACUCCUCUCUCUGUUUCAGGACUCUGUAGGCUUUUAUCUUUCUUAAGGACCGAGCUCCAACAGACGAUGGUUUUUUUUCUAGAGUUUGGAUCUGGAUGGGAUUUAGUUUCCACAUUCUUUCAUUUAACUCUGACCAAAUUAACCUGCGUGUGACUUCUUCGGACAACCUGCUCUCUCUCGGAUGUUUUAACCCCUGAGAGACCUGAAUCAUUUUUUUUUCUCUUCUUUCUAGCCUCUCUAGAAAUCCAAUCAGCCUAUGAUAAUCAUAGACUUCUAAUCUUAAGCACAGGAAGAGACGAGAACUUCAGCCAAAGGUUUUUGAGCGCUCACCUCCUGAUGUCACGCUCAACAGAUCACCCAUAGAGGACAAAUGUGAAUCUGCACAUCCAUAGAUAAAUACAGAGACUCUGAUUCUCCUGAGUUUGUAGAUCCUGCAGCUCAAACAAGGACAUCAAACCAUGUAAAACACCCAAGAGGCUGAAGACAGGAGGAUCUGGUCUCUGUGCAGUAUAUGAAGUGGACAAAGAUAACCUGUGACUUUGGUGUUCAAAUCAAGAAGAAGUAGUGUUGGGUACGAGAUUUUUUAGGGUGCCAUGCUGGUGAAAGAGUCUGUUUGAUGCUUAUUUUCAUGCUUAACCCUUAAAUGUUUGUGAGGCCGGACUCAGACUACAGGAGGUUCACGCUGAUCCUCGAAAACAGGGUCGGUCUAGAGGGUCAUCCAAAAGAGAGAAGAGAGAAACCCAGAGCUGCUGUAGACAGUCCAACAUUAGAUAACGUCAGAAUAUUGUGGCUCUGGAUAGGAUAUUCGGACAAAAAAGAUCAUCUCACAGCCGACUGAGGCGAGCGGUAGAGAAACUGCGGCUAUCAUGAGCAUCAUCACCCCGCCAACUCAGCAGCGGUGAUUUUUACAGACUCUAACCUGACUUUAACACACCCACACUCGCAGACUCCUGCCAAAAAACUUAAGGGGAGUCUGGCAGGGAAAUGUCUGGAUGAAGUCAGGAUGUUCGCGCUGACACAUGCAGCAUUGAGUGAAAGGGGCGUCAGUUUAUGUCUGCUUCGAGGAAGAUUACAUUUGAUCUGAUACAAUCUAAGACACACGGCGUCUUUUAGGCAAAGGAGUGGAAAAAGUCUGCGGGAUCGUAUUAGGAAAUUUUCAGGUGUUUUAGGCUCACGUUCCCUCCUUCGACAUGAUGCAACCUUUUCUUUCAAUCACCACUAUUUAACCUCCUGAAGUCUGAGUCCAGCCUCGGUUCAUCUGUGAGGCAGCUGAAGUACGAAACCUGUCUGCCUUUGUGAAAUAAUCCGGUCCAUCUACCUCCCUCAAUCUCAUCCCGUCUUCACUAAGACUUCUAACUCAUCAGACAUCUGCUGCCCCCCCCUGAAUCACCAGGAAGCUCGUAUUUGUUUGUAAUCUUCCAGGAACUGUCGUAGUUUUGCAGGAAGAAUGCGACUCACCCACCGCUUCACUCCCCUCCCUCCCUCCCUCUUUGCAGUUUGUUUUUCUGUGCCAAAAGUAGAAAGGAAACGUGAUGCAAACAUGUACUGUGUAUGUGUGUUUGAGCACGUGAUCCGUCUGCUCCUAAUCCUCGUCCACCUGCUUCAGGCUGCAUGGGAGAUCGUCAUUAAUAUGCAUAACAUAGUGACUCCUCUAAUAGACAAUCCUACAGCGUUACCUGCUCAUUAACACGGCGUGGACGACGUGUGUUUGUGUACGACUCAGAAAGAGCAGAUGUUAUAAACACAUAAGGGCUGUUAUCCGAUGAUACACUAACCGCACAGCCGGAGGAAAACCCUGAGAUUACCUUUUAAAUCGAGAGCGUUUAUUCAGGUUGUGUGUUUUUAUUUAUUGGUACAAGUUUAAGAACAAAAUCAGAGAUUUAGGAGCGGCAGUAUUUUUUCUGUUCAACCUUAAAUCUCCAUCUACUUCUGUUUAAAGAUCCUGUCUGUGAUAUUUCAAACCUUCAAACCUCAGUCUGCCAAAAAAGCACCAACAUGAGGUUCAUAAAACUCCUGAACUAUCUUCGUACUGCUGUUUUGAAGUGAUUUUGUUUGCUUUUGUGGGUCAUAAGGAAGAAUCACUUCAAAUGUGAGCAUGUUUCAUAUCCGUUUAAAAACUCUAAAUCAGGGCUUUAAGCCAAACGAGGGUGUUUUGGGGCAGCUAGCUCAAAAUCAAACCAAAUACCAGGGCUAUUAUCUUAAAAAUGUAUCAUCCGUUAAGAGUCUUUGUUUCUUUUAUGUGUUAAAAAGUUUCUGGUAACAAGAAAAGUCCUCAGAGUUUGAAUAGGUGGAUUACAAAGAACUCAAAUCUGAGUAAGUUUGUCUUAUUUCUACUCAAAAUAACUUGAUAAUAAACCCUUUUUUCUCCUUAAUUUAGUUCUAUCAUAAUUUAUAUCUAUAUUCUUACUCAAAUUAAGUCUGUUUCUGACCCUCCACAUAAGCGUCCUUACAGCUGAGUUGAUGCAGGCGAGGAGAGGACUGUAGUGACCUGUGGGAAAUUUUAAAUGUUUCACCUUAAAUCUUCAUACUCACUGAUACCCAUAGUGAACUUGUCUUUUUGAGGACUGAAAAAACUUGAAACUACAUUUUUUUUCUGGUAUUUUGAGUUUAUUGAAUACCUGUAACUUCUGCCUUCUUAGUAUUUCAAGUUUGUCCUCAUUUAGGUUUCUCUUGUGCUCUAUUUUCUGUUUUCUUUGCAUUUUGUUUUCUUCAAUUUGUUUGAUGUCACCCUCAUCCUUUUCUCUUUCUGCACCAUUUAACACUAAUUGAGUAAACGACUCUACCCAGAAAAGCUGAAAACACUACUAAAUACCUCCAUGCUGUUUUACUGGUUUAAACGUGAACGCUACAGUGUCAACAGGCGGAGGUGAAAUGUACUUGAAAGCUUUCAAAGUGUUGGAAAUGUGGGUUUUUCUCUCAAUAGUCGUCAUUUUUUAAAUUGUAUGAACAGUGUUUGAAGGAUAUUUGGUAACAACUGACAUGAAAAACUCAGUGCUUGAACUUUUUCCCGGCUGACGGUACUUGUUGAGUUUGUUAUGGCGUAAAGGUAGAAAUAUCACAGACACGGAUCUUAGAAAUAAGGAAUAAAAUGAAGUCAUACAGCGUUUUGUUUUUUGAUCAGGCAGAGAGGUUUCCUUUCUGCGCGGCGUUAUUCUAAUGUGAAGACAGAGCUGCUGCGGCGUGUUUCAGUCCUGACUUUUGGGACCAAAAAAACUCACUCUGAAAAUGAAACCCUCCCAAACAUCAGGAUCUGAUCAGCGUUUCUCUUCUCCUCCUAAUGUUUACAGACGUGUGUGUAUUUAGGUGUAAAUCUUAAAUGCUGGUUGAAGUCACUUGAUGGUGGCUGUUUGACCUUACAGAGAGGAGGCGUGUCGAUGCUGCUUUCUGCCUCAGUACAGCUCCAGUUUGAAACCUUUGACUCCCAAUAACAGACGCGGAUGUUCUCACAGACCGUAAACAUAUCUCACUCUCACCCUGUCACCUGAGCAGCUAACAGGGGAGCUGAUCGCAGAAUAAACCGGUACUGGUGAACGAAUCAAACUCUUAAUGCGUCACCAAACUCAUGAUGAUGGUAUUUAGUGGGUUUUUAUUUGAACGUUUUGGGUGGAAGAGAUUUUUCUUUCAGGAUUUUGUGUGUGAGGAUUAUGGUGGUGGUAUUUUUUUUAGCUAAGAACUCUUCAGGAAUACAUAAAAACAUCAAAAAACCUGCACAAUGACAGCCGCUCACUUACCUCCAGUGAGAAAAUGCUCAAUCAUUUUCACUCUUUAUCUUCGGACGCUUGUUCUUUAUCUAAUUCAGCGUUUAGCAAACCUUUAAAGCAGCUCUCUUGAAGAAAAACGCCAUCGAUAAGUCACAGCGCGCACUUAUUACGACGGCGUUUUUCAGAGUGAGCAGUCAUUAUUGCCAAGCAGGAGUACAUUACCCAACUGAUUUCAUUGCCAAGAAGUGUGUUUCUCUCUGGAUGGUUGAAUAAUUCAAAAACAACAAAGGAUGCUUGUUAGAAACAGAACAAAGUACGGCGUGUGUUUGAAUCACUUUACUGUUUUUAUUUGCUUUUAUAUUUGACUCAUUUUUCAGAGGGGACUCUGUUUAUGGAGAGGUUGGUCAGGACUUCCUGUGCAAUAUGCUUUAUAACUGUAUCAAUAAUAAAUCUGAGACAAUUUGAAAAGAAACCUGUCUCCAUUUUGUUUAAGUGGUGCUUUCAUUUUCCUACAGAAUCAACCUUUGAUUUCAGGAUUUUAUCAGAGUGACGGUUCUAGUCUCUAUUUCUAUUCUGUUGUUAGAAAUGUUCACCCAAUUUAGACUUUAGCUUUUCUCCUGUUCUAUGAAGAAUGAAGACAGCAUGAUGAGUGAGUUGUAAAAUGUCAUUUCACUGUUUGCAAGCUGUGUGAUGACAUAAGAUUGACACCUUAUAAUCAGAAAUAGACAAAUUAAACCGACAUGUUAACUCUACGGAGGCUGACUGAAACGCU